AUGACCGAAAAUGAUCCUUCUCCCGAGGUCCAAGACAGCGAAGAGGCGCCAAAAGACAAAAUUGACGAAGAAAAGCUGCUAGAAAAUCUUCUCACUGAUAUUUCCGACCGGCUGAAUGCCAGAAAAGCUGCUCGUGAAGAAAAUGCUGAUCCCAAUUUCGACAAAAACAAGCCAAAAGGCAAGCUUGAUUCGACGGUGAAAAAGAACUCGGCUUUCGUGAAGAAAUUGGGGGCGAUCAAAGAAAAUCAAAAAGAAGCGCUUGAGAAGGAAUUCGCUGGAUUGAAUUUCGGGCGAUACAUCGCCGAAGCAGCGGCGGCGAUUGCAGAUGCGAAGUUCAAAACAGCCGAUAUCGAUGCUGUCGUCAGCCUUUGCCAGAAAAUUCACCAACGAUACGAGGAUUUUAUGGAAGCGCUGUUUUCUUCGUUCAAGAAAAAGUUUACUCUGUCCAAAAUCGCCGACGAACCAGCAAAGCACAAAAACGAUUUAAAGAUUAUUUGCGAGUUGACUGUCCUCGGCGUUUUUAUGGACAAACAAGGGUUGGGAAUCCUCCAUCAUGAGAUCAAAGCGCUGAUUGAGUCGGACAAGGAGAAGUUUGAACAUAUCAAUGUUGUGCUUUCGCUGUUGAAGUCGAUUGGAGAAGAUGUGGCCGGAAUUGUGCCGCCAAAUAUCAGGGAACUUUGCAAAAAGCAAAACCAAGAUCUUCCAGUCCUUUCCGUUUUCGAACCAAAGAAGAUGAACCAUUUCAUCGCCCUCUUCACUGACUACUUCGAGAAGCUCAAUGUCUGCCUCAAAUCGCAAUUUGACAAGCUCAAGAAAAUGGAGAAAACGAACCGUCAUAUUUACCAGCAGCGCGGUGAAAUUCACGAAGAACGUCGCUCCGCCCUUCUCGAUCAGCAAUCAAAAGUCAGAGAACUGACGGACUUUGCCAAGUCGUUUGGAGAGCUCUUAGACUUGGAGAUUGUUCAUAUGCCGGAAGACUCCCCGGAGGACAAAGAAAUGAGCAUCGAUAUUUAUCACCCAGAGCGGGGAAUUGAAAACUGCGAAAUGGACGACUGCUGGGAAGAUGAAGAUCAACGACUUUUCUACACUUCUUUGCCGGACCUGAAAAGCCUCGUCCCAAUGAACGCCUGGAAAGACUCCGAGAAAGAAAGAGGAGGGAAACAUAUUCCGAAGAAAACGGGCGUCAAGGAUAAAGGAAAGCGAAAGGCAGAUCAGGACAUUCAAGAGGAAAUUGCAGCAGGCCUGUCGGAACUGUACGGCGAUGAUGAUUUUGGAGAUGACGAUCAUUUGGAGGAUGAUAAGGAAGAAAUUGAUCCGAAGGAACUUUCAGCAAAAGAAGAAUUCGACGCUUACAUGAAAUCCCUGAUGACAAUCUACAACCGAGAACUGGUCGAUUCGGCGGCUCAAGAAUUCCUCCUAAACCUCAACACCCCCGCUAAUCGAAAGCGCCUUCCACGAGAAAUCUGGAAAGUAGAUCGCCGAAGAGUCGAUCUGCUCCCUUUCUUCACCCGACUUGCCGCAUCGCUGGGCGAAUGUGCGCCAAAAGUACCGGAUGAUUUGGCCUCUUAUCUGCUCAAGGACUUCCGAUACCAUCUUCGAAAGAAAGACCAGGUUCACUUCGAUGUUAAAAUCAAAAACGCCCGCUACAUCGGCGAAGCUACCAAGUUCGGUCUCAUUUCUCGUUCAGAAGCCACUACUUGUCUGAAAAUUCUCGUCAUUGAUUUCUCAAUUGUCGCGAUAGAAAUGAUCUGCGGCUUGCUAGAAUCAGCUGGCAGAUAUCUUUUCCGAUCACCAGAUUCACAUCAGAAGACGAAACUGCUUCUUGAGCAGUUGAAAAGGAAGAAAAAUUCGAAGAACUUGGAUCAGCGGCUUCUUGCGCAGUUAGACAACGCGAUCUACUGCUGCAAUCCGCCUGUAGAAGGCACGAGAGAAGUCGUAAAACGACCAGCAAUCGAGGAAUACUGCUGCCGACUACUGUACGAUCAUUUGUCCAAAAGAAACGUUGAUUUCGUUCUGAAGCAGUUCCGAAAAAUGAACUGGAAAGACCCUGAGAUGCGUGAAUUUAUCGUUGGCGUCUUAUCGAAAGGAUACAAUAUUAAAUUCUCAGUCGUUCACUGUGCUGCGAGUGUUCUCGCUGGAUUGUCGAGCUAUCACGAGGAGGAAGCGAUCGAAGUCGUUGACAAUAUACUUGAAGAUAUCAAGGCUACGAUGGAGUUUCCCGAUCCAAGAUUUAACCAAAGAAGGUUGAUUCAGGUGAAAUACUUGGGCGAGCUGUACAACUACAAAAUGGUUGAUUCAAAUGUCAUCUUCACAACCCUUUACUCCUUCAUUACCCUUGGCGUAGCACCCGAUCCACUGACGAUGGUAUCGCCACUUGACCCUCCAGAAAAUCUCAUCAGACUUCGGCUAGCUACAGUAAUGCUGGAAACAUGUGGUUGUUUCUUUGACAAAGGCUCGGCAAAGAAGAAAUUGGACAUUUAUCUUCAGUACUUGCUCCGCUACUGGCUUAUCAAGAAAGAGCUGUACGCGAUCCACAACCAAGCGUUCCCCCUGGGAAUGGACCACAUCAUUCAAGAUUGCGUCGAGUCGCUGAGACCCAAGCUAAAAAUUCCUCAGACACUCGAUGAGGUAGGCGCGGCUAUUGAGAAGAUUGAAACCGAAGCGAUGGAGAAACUAGAGCAAAUGGGAUACCAGAAUGAUGAUCAAGGAAAUGCUGGCUUAGGAAUGAUAGCAGAAGGAGAUGAAGACUCACAAGACGAGCAGCUCUCCGAGUCUGUGACCGAUACAGACACGCAGACCGAAGCGGAAAAUGAAAUAACAGUCCCUAAGGGGAACAAAUACGAGGAAUGCCAAGAAGACGACGAUUUCGUGAAGGAAUUCGAAAACAUGAUGAAAGCAGACGAGGGAAUGGGUUCCGCAAAAGCCACCGAUCUGAAUGUCCCAAUGAAUGCGAAAAAGGCCAUCGACCCUGACACAAAAGAAGACGGAAAAGUCGUCUUCGCCUUGGUCACAAGAAAGGGCAACAAAACCGACGUCAAAGCUCUCCAUGUCGACCAAGACUCACGACUUGCUCAAGGACUUGAAGCAGCAGAACGAGAAAGGACAAAGAAACAAGAAGAGAUGAAGAACUUGACUCUUUCGCUCGCGGAGAACUUGGCGAUCGAGGAAGACACGGCAGAGGCGAUCGGGCUGAAUAAAAUUCCUUCAGAAAAUAGGAACCACGAAAGAGCAAAGAAGUACCAACAUCCGAAGGCUCCUCCAAACGCCGACCAAAUGUUUUCCGUCGGAGGCCGCAGACGCUGA